GUGUGUGUGGGUUUGUGUGUGUAUUUGUGUGCACGCUGAUGGGAAAGCAAGCGAGUCAGGGAGGGCUGCCUCUCCUCUCUCCGCUGUCACCACCAUCCUCCUUGUCCUCCGCCGCCAUGGAGCUCCAGCAGCCUGAAUCACCGCAGCAUCUGCACAAAGGGCCGAGGUAGAUGCGUGCGCGGUGCUCACUCGGGCCGGUAUGGAGUGCUCGGGCCCGAGGAGGUGGGCCUCGGGCUCUGCUGUCGUGUUCCUUCACACUCUGGCCUUAUCCUGGACAGGAGAACGCGACGCACUGGUUCAACUGCCAAUCAGACGGCUGGGACGCCCGCGCCCAUCCCUCACUCACCUGGUACCUGAACGGGGAGCGGCAAAGAGAGCCGCCUCACCAGCCGCCGCCGCCACACCGCGGCCGGCAGGCCAUGGCGACCUCGCCGCGGGGAGGUCCCGAGGCCUCGAGGCCGGCGCCGCCGCGGGCCAAUCCCAACAGCACCUUCCCUCUGCGGGCCCGGAGGUGGGACAGGGAGCUGGUGUGCGUGGCGUCGGACCCCAGGACGGGGGAGCGCCGCAACGCCACGGUGACGCUCAACGUCCAGUUUCAGCCGGAGAUCCUCAGGCUGAACGGCCACUACGGCGAGACCUCUGACCCCGGCCUCUCCCUGGUCCUCUUCGCCCUGGUGAGGUCCAACCCGCCCGCCACCAUCACCUUCGUGGACCAGUCCGGGCGGCUGGUGGCCAACACCUCCGACCUGCUGGUGCUGGACUCGCGGCGGCACCCCUGGCUGACCAAUCACACGCUCAAGGUCACGCUGGGCAACCUGUCGGGGAACAUCUCGCUGAACGUCAGCAACAGCGUGGGAACGGUGCAGAGCAACCUCACGCUGGCAGAGUUCCUGCGGUCCCGCGUGGAGGUGUCCAUGCUGGGGAUCGUGACCGGGGGAGCCAUGGCCUUCAUGGCCCUCCUCAUCCUCAGUCUGAUUGUUCUCUGCCUCAUGCAGAAAAACAAGAGCAAGGCCUUUGAUGAGCCAGUGGAGAUUCUGAUGACCAAGAAAAGCGACUCAGCCAACCUGAAGACAGAGACCGUGGACAAGACCUACAUCCCCAGGGAGAACAUGUCUGUGCCUUCAAACAUGCAGCUCAACGACCUCAACACUCUGAGAAAAGCCCGAGAGGCCGCCCAGCAGAUCCUUGUGGGCGAGAAGAAGGACGAGGAGGACGAAGAUCUUUCUCUCGCCUACGCCGCCAGAGGUUUCGCCCGAUAUCCCAUGGUGGGCUACAUCUACAAGGUGAGCAGCACAAGCAGUGAGGAGAUCUGGCUCUGACCUCGAAGUCACGCGCACAAAAAGUCACGCCGCACGCAUGCAAAGCGACCCCCCCCCCCCCCGAACCGAGAGACGGGGCCCGCCGGUGGUCAGCCAAUCACCUUCCAGCCCCGGAAACCAGGACGACCUCGACACGCUCUGCUCCGCCGGGUCGUCCCCCAACUUGAGCUCGUUGCUCGCCAAAACAAAAGCGCCCGUUUUGGGGUUUUUUUUGUCUGUGGAUCAAGUUCUUGGACAUUAUUUCCACGGCUAUGCUCAUGUUUUACAUUUUGACGCAUUAUAUCCAGAUGAGGCGGUACAUGUUUUAUGGAGUAUGCGCUUGUAUGUAACAAGUCCCGUACUGUAUAUUUGUAUGCAUAUGCAUAUGUGUAUAAAAGAGAACGUCUAAUAAAGGUAUAUUGAAUGAACUAAAAGGUCGGGCCUGCUGUGGUUUCCCGUCGGC